AUGGACCUGGGCGAAACCGGCUGGUCCAUGGUGAAGCGAGAAGCGUCCAGCAGCCCAGGGUCACCGGCCGAGCCGAGCUACCUGCAGCCCGGUGACAGCCGGCGGAGCGGCGGCAAUCACACCCCGGACGAGUUGAGGACUCCCCCGGGCGAGCUGGACGCGCUAGGCGGCCGAGCGCUCCACCCGUACGCCCAUUUCGGACAACACGGCAACCCGCUGCAGAGCACCGGCGAGGACGUUACGCUCUUUACGGAUCUAGACCAGGGCGGCAAGCUGGUCCUGUCGGGUGGCGGGGCUCAUAAAGGCCUCCUGGUGGACCCGUCAGACAUGUACCAGACGUUGGCCAUCGCCGCGGCCCAGAGCCAGAGCGGAUACGAUUCCUCCUCGGGGGGUUACAUGCACUCCAGUCCAAACUCCCCCGUGUACGUGCCGAGUUCCCGGGUGGGCUCCAUGAUACCCGGCCUGUCGUACCUGCAAGCCGGCGGCUCGGCCCAAGCCGGCCACGCGGUCUCCGGCCACUCGGUAUGGUCGCAGCCGGCCCCGGAGAGCCCUUCGUACGGCACCGGGAGCCCGCACGCCUCGUCGGGCCGUUUUCACUACCCGCCCAGUCCGCCCAUGAACAACGGCGCGAGCCGGGACAUCGGCUACGGGAACUCACUGAACGCAGCCAACCGAGCCGAGCAGUACGGGCUCUCGCGGCCGCUCGGCGGGGCCUACCCGGGGGCUUACUCACCCUACGUGGCCCCGCAGCUCUCGCAGCUGCCGUCGCCGUGGACGGGCGGGCCCUUUGACAACAGCAUGCUGCACACCUUGCAGGGCAGGGCCGCGCCCUUGAUUCGAGGACCCAACGGAGUUUCGGAUCUCCUGGAUGACAUGUCGGAGAGCAGAGAGUGCGUCAACUGCGGCUCCAUCUCCACGCCGUUGUGGAGGCGCGACGGCACUGGGCACUUCCUCUGCAACGCCUGCGGCCUUUACAGCAAGAUUAACGGCCUCAGCAGGCCGCUCAUCAAGCCGCAGAAGCGCACGUCGACGUCCCGGCGGAUCGGCUUGUCGUGCGCCAACUGCCAGACGAGCACCACGACGUUGUGGCGCAGAAACGCCGAAGGGGAGCCCGUGUGCAACGCCUGUGGUCUCUACACUAAAUUACACGGGGUACCUCGGCCGCUGGCCAUGAAGAAAGAAGGGAUACAGACUAGAAAAAGAAAACCAAAAACGCUGAAUAAAACCAAAGGGGGGUCAGGUGACAACUCUGUUGCCAUGACGCCGACGUCCACAUCGUCAUCCAAUUCUGAAGACUGCUCGAAAACCGGCUCUCCCUCCACACAGGUGUCCGGGGUGCGUAUAAACUCACUGUCGCAGGUCAGCUCGUCCGCACUGCCCACCUCGGGGGAAGGCUCAGUGCUCAAGUACCCGGAGAGUCUGUAUGGCGCCGUGGGCCUGGCGCAGACCACUGACGUGAGCUCGGUGAGGGGAGAGCCCUGGUGCCCCAUGGCUUUGGCUUAA